AUGGAAAGCGAAAGGGUAAUUUUACCCCAGCCCAAAGCCUGCCUUGUCCCUUUCCCUAUCACAGCCUUAUCCUGUUACUCUCACAUCCAGCAGGCUUUCUGCUCAGAUGGAACUGAAAUCUGUGGAAACGUCAUUGUGCCUUUGUGUUUCCCGGUGGCCCCCCAUACCUUGAAUGUGGACCGCGUCACAGCUGAGCUGCUCUCCCUCCUCCCUGUGGUCCUCUGCCUAUGUCAGCAAAGAAACAUUUCCCAUAGUGUUCAGGUGCAAACACUCGAAGGGUCUGACUACAGCCACCUGUCCUCCACCAGCAGCGAGCUUUCCGUGGAAGAGGCGCAGGACCCUUUCCUGGUCAGCAUCCACAUCAUCGCAGACCCCGGGGAGUCCCAGGCCCUGCAGGAGGCCAUCGACAAGGUCCUGGCGUGGAUCCACCCGGACCUCCCGCUGUUCCGCGUGUCCGAGAGGCGGGCGUGCCGGCGGCGGCGGAAGGCCCCGCGGGGCGCGCAUCCCGCGCUGGCGGUGGUGCUGUUCCUGCAGGAGGAGUACAGCGAGGAGCAUAUCCUGCAACUGCUCCGCACGCUGCAGCGGCCGCCCUGGCGCCACCACCACACGGAGCGCGUGCACGGCCGCUUCCUGCCCUCCCUGCCCUGCAGCCAGGACUUCUUCACGCUGGCCCCCGGGACCCCGCUGUGGGCCAUCCGGCCCGUGCACUACGGCAGGGAGAUCGUGCGCUUCACCAUCUACUGCCGCCAUGACAACUACGCCGACAGCCUCCGGUUCUACGAGCUGAUUCUGCGGCGGAGCCCCAGCCAGAGGAAAGUGGACUUCUGCAUCUUCCCCAUUUUCUCCAAUCUCGAUCUGGACAUCCAGUUCUCCCUGAAGAGGCUGCCCUGUGACCAGAGCCCCGUGCCCACCGACUCGUCCGUGCUGGAGUUCCGAGUGAAGGACAUCGGCGAGCUUGUGCCUCUCCUGCCCAAGCCCUGCAGCCCCAUCAGUGAGGGGCGUUGGCAGACCGAGGACCACGACGGGAACAAGAUCCUCCUGCAGGCACAAAGGGUACACAAGAAGUUUCCGAAACCCUGCAGAACGCACUACCCCUCCGAGAAGAAACGUCAUUCCAUUCCUUCCCCGAGCACCUCAGCGCCGAGCCACAUGCCUGGCAGCAGCCAGCAGUCCCAGUUCAACAGUUCACGCCUGGGGCCUGGCCAGGUGGGCCUGCCGACUGGGCACCAGCAGGAACUUGCUGGGCGAACCAGCAGCACCCCCACCCAUCCCUGGUCUUUCCAGAGAAGCAAGUCCUUGUUCUGUUUGCCAACCGGAGAUGCCUCCCCAACCUCCUUAGCUGAACCGCAGUGGUUUUCAAACACAGGUGCCCCAGGGCACAGGGCAUUGGAGUGGAGGCACAGCCACCUCCUCUCCAUCGAUGACUUAGAGGGAGCCCAGGAGACGGACGUGGACACGGGACUGCGGCUGUCCUCCUCAGACCUGUCUGUGGUCUCUGCGUACUCUGCACCCAGCAGGUUCUGCAGCACGGUGGAAACGCCCCUCCCUUCCGAAAGCUGCGGCAGGCGCUGGGAAACUCACAAGGAUUCCAGGGAAGGACCUCUGCCUGCUGCCAGCGGGACAGCCGCGGAGGCGUCCUGGGCUUCCCUCUCUUUCUUCACCAGAGGGUCUUCCAGCUCCUCGGCCAUGGCUGGUGCUGCUCCCCCAUCUCCUGGUGCCUCCUCCCCCACAGACUCCUCCCCACAGGCCCCUCAUGCACCCAAAGUCGAGCAGACUGGCAGAGACGUGCCACCACCCCCAGGGUCAGCUGGACCUGGGGAUAAUGACAUGGAGGAAUUCUACAUCUGAGUCCCUCCUCUUGGUCUCUGAUCACACCAGCUCAGACAUGCAGACUGGGGCCUGCUUUCCCUGCACCAGCGUUCUUAAUUAUCUUUUCCCAGGAUCAUUAGCACAUCUGCCCCCUAGCCCUUCCUAGCUGAGAGCUGGUAUAUUUCUAGGGGUUCAGUGGAAAAAUAUCGACCUUUUUUUGCAAAUAAAUUCUCAACAAAC